AUGUCUUUCUCGAUAGGCAUGCCCUGGAACGAGGGCGAAGAGAAGAUGCACCGCCUCCUCCGCAUUCCGCCUCAAGACAACCCAACAUCAGCCAUGCUCACACCACAAGCAGCGUUCAUGUUCCAACGCGCCCCUCUACUCGCAUUCGGGACUCUAGAUGCACAGGAUCGGCCUUGGACGACACUAUGGGGUGGCGAGCCUGGUUUCUCGGAGCCGCUUGGUGGAGGGUUCAUCGGUACAAGGACUCUCGUCGACGGCAAAUGUGAUCCUGUUGUGCAAACGCUCGUGGGUGGAGGGGAGAAAGGCGAGAAAGGCGAGAUGACACAAGCGAAAGACGGUGGGAAGUUAGUAGCAGGUCUAGCCAUCGACCUGAUGACGAGGAAGAGAGUCAAAACCGCCGGCCGCAUGAUCGCAGGGACGAUAAAAGACGUCGAAGUCGAAGUAGAAGGCAAGGAAAACAGGGAACAAACACAACUCCAACUCGUCACCAAGAUCGAGCAAAGUCUAGGGAAUUGCCCAAAGUACCUCAACCAAUACGAGAUCCGGCCCGCGCUUUUGGACCCAGAGCUCGUAUCGCAAGGCUCGUCAGUGUGUGAAGAAGGAAGAAAGCUGAUAUCCAAAUCCGACAUGUUCUUCCUCUCCACCAGCACAGAAGACGACAUGGACGUCAACCACCGCGGCGGCCCACCAGGCUUCGUCCGAAUCAUCUCCCCCACUAUCCUUGCCUAUCCCGAGUAUUCUGGGAACAGACUCUACCAAUCCCUCGGCAACCUGAUGCUCAAUCCGAGAAUUGGGCUCACGAUUCCUGACUACGAGACUGGAGAUGUGCUGUACAUGACCGGCACGACCGAGAUCCUCGCUGGGGCAGACGCAUCCGCCCUCCUCCCAGGCAGUAACUUGGCUGUUAAGAUAAUGAUCGAGGAAUGUCGGUUUGUGAGAAAAGGUUUACCAUUCCGCGGCACGAAGAAAACACCAAGUCCCUACAACCCACUCGUCCGCAUACUAGCUACCGAAGGCAACAUCCGCGCCGCCCUCUCCUCUUCCACGUCCCCCUCCACGCGGCAAACAGCCCUUCUCACAAAGAAAGAGAUCCUCACACCAACCAUCGCACGCUUCACCUUCUCCGUUUCCGACGGCUUGUCCUACCGCCCUGGCCAAUGGAUCGCGCUUGAUUUCAGUCAAGAGCUCGAUGUGGGGUAUGAGCAUAUGCGGGAUGAGGAUCCGGGGAGCUUGAAUGAUGAUUUUGUUAGGACGUUUACGAUUUCUUCGACUCCGAUACGGGAUGGAGGAGACGAGGGUAAAGAGGGGACGUUUGAGAUUACAAUCAGAAAGGUCGGGGCUGUGACUGGGUUCCUAUUUCAGCAGAAUGAGCGGGCGGGGUUGGAAGUGGGUAUUUUGGGGAUAGGUGGGGAGUUCAAGGUCGAAAGUGCUAGUGCUGGAGAGGGGGAAAACGUGUUUGUAGCUGGUGGCGUGGGUGUCACGCCUUUAUUCGGCCAGAUCGAACAGACGACUACUACAACCAAUAGCAAGCAUGGAACAGCGAAGAAGUGGCUGCAACGGCAUCUGCGCAAAGUGGCAUCGCGACAGACUUUGAAGAACGACGAGGGACCAAUUGAGAUACGGCGAAAACCAUCAGUCAGGCGGCCGCGUACGGCACCUUCAACAGGAGCGACACCGAGCCUGCAAGAUGCACCGCCAGUACCCCCGCUCCCAAUACUUGUAGAGCGGGUGUCGCCUCGACCGCCGGUUCUACCUCCUCUUCGUCCAGCGAGACCUGAUUCUGGCGUGAUACGGGACGUCAAUGCAUGGCUCGACGCUAGCAUGAACACGCCUUCACCCCCGCUCAUGGGAGGCCUUUCGUAUUGGAGAGCAGCGACAAAUGUAGGUACCAAAGACUCCGCAGUGGCUCAGCACGCUAUCCCCGUGGUUGGAGCACCAGAAGUCGUCAGACCAUCGACAGCCACCAGUCAACACGGAAAGUCGUUCCUUCGUUGCGCCAAAAAGAUGCAGGUUCAGAUGCCUUCGCUUUUACGAACCAAGUCUCAGCGCCAGGCAUGUCGGAAGCAAAUCAACAGACAGUCAGCAUCGAUGCCACUCUUAGCCAUCUCCUACGAGGAUGUUGCGGAAGCCCCUGGUACCAUGCUCAUGUCCCGAUCUGGAUCGCUUCGUCGCCCCGUCACAAGGCCAUCGACACGACACCCUUCGACGCGCGCCAGUGCGCUUCUGUCCAUCGACCAACAGUCGCAGCUACCCUCCCGGAUGGGCACGCCAGCGAGUGCACGACACGGCGAUACAGAGAGCGUCUUUGAGCGCCGUCUCAACGCCAUAUUCAUGCGCACGGCACGAAGCGCAGACAGCACCCGGCCAUCGACAGCAGCGGCCGGUCUCAUCCGCGAAGACUCGAUGGGCGAUCUUUCCGAUGCCCCGACAUACUUCUCGGGACCUCCACCACCUUCUUACCGGUCGCGCCCUGAGUCUCUGCUCAGCACUUCUUCUUUCGGCUGCAUCGAUGGCAUGAACCCUACACAACGACAAAUCAGUCAGCAGCGAGCGGCAUUACAACGGGGAAUGAGGUGCAAGCUGAAGAGAUUCGCUCAAGGACUUGCAACAUGA